AUGAUGAAUGUGGUUCAAAGACUUCAUGAAGCAUCUCGUUCUCCCAUUUCACCAACACAUGACCCUGAUGCAUUCCCAUUCCUAAUUCCAGGCGACCGUAGACUGGCUAUAGUCACUGGAGGUAACAGUGGUAUUGGUUACUAUACCAGUUUGCAUCUAUAUCUUCAUGGGUACGUGGUGUAUGUAUUUGGACGGUCCAAAUCUAGAGGCUACAAAAGCAUAACUGAAAUGAAAGAAGAAGCUAUUAGGAUCCGACAGUCAUAUUCACCUUCACAAUCAGCUAAUAGACAUUUGGGUGAAUUACACUUUAUGUAUAUCGAUUUCACGGAUUUAAGCCUGGUCUUUCUUGCAGUGGAAGAAUUUAAAAGAAGAGAGAAAUAUCUUCAUGUUUUGGUCAAUAACGCUGGCGUGAUGGCCUUACCUUUCCAAUUGACUAAGAAUAAGUUUGAAAUUCAAAUGCAAACAAAUUACAUUGCUCCCUUUGUACUCACUACAAAACUUUUACCUUUACUUGAAAGAGUGGUUGAAAAGGAAUCCCAGAAGAAAUCUUCAACAACCGUUGUGUGUCCCAGAAUUAUCUAUUUAAGUUCAGUCGGUCAUAACUUGGCAUUCAGAUAUUUCAGUCCUAAAACUUGGUUUAACCUCCGUCCGAAUAUUCUUUUCACUUGGCUCCGAUAUGGAAUGGCCAAAACCGCGGGCAUUCACUUUAUGAAAAUGCUAGCACUACGGAAUCCUAAGAUUCUUUGUGUAUCAGUCCAUCCUGGCUUUGUUAUGAAUACUAAUCUCUUCAGUUACUGGACCCGCCUACCCAUCAUUGGCAUACUUUUCUGGGUGAUUUUCCAAGUGUUUGGAUGGAUGUUUGGCGUGUCGAAUGAACAAGGUGCCUUGGCUUCAGUGCGGUGCGCUCUUGAUCCAGAUUUAACUGUUGAAAAGGAUAAUGGGAAAUACUAUGCCACGGGGGGAAUAGAAUCCGAGCCUUCUACCGUGGCCAAUAAUAUGGAUUAUGCAGCAAGAACUUGGAUAUGGACAGUCCAUGAAUUAAGUAAAAGAAAGAUCUAUAUUCCUAACGAUACAUGA